AUGUUCGACCAGAUCAUUUGGACUACAUCCGAGACCGGCGCCAAGAUUAUCCACGUGGCCAUCACCUCCGAUUUCUUCUGGCCACUGGAUAAGCAGGGCAAACCAACAGGCUGUGGAGCAUCACUGCAUUGGCCCUAUCUCGAAACAAUCGAGUUUGAUGAAAUACCAGACUACCUUCCCUCAGGGGAAUGGCUCUUCGACCCUGACUAUUAUGAGAAGACCGAAGUGCCCAAUCUCGAGGCUCCAGAUUGGGAAGACAUUCGACUUGUUGAGGAAUCGCCAUACGACCGCACGCUGAUGAACUUUGAGCACUUCCAUCGUGUCUUUAUUGCCAUGGGCUAUGCGGCACAGCAUAUGCCACUAUUAAAGACGAUCAGACUCCUAGUUCUUGCUGACGAGCAGUCUACCUUUGAGUUCUCUACCGAUCAGUUCAGUGGGAGGAGGACGGUAACUUGGGCAUCGGCUACAGGUUAUAAACCCGAUGAGCGAGUUGCGCAAGCUUGGGGUUUCGAUCCGGAUGACAUUGAUUUUAUUGACCACUGGGAAGGCAGGGAUGUGGAAACAAAUGUGAUAUUUCACAGCUGGCCAUUGGGAAAUUAUGCAUGA